AUGAGGAAACAGGAUCAUACAAUGAUGGGCAAGCCAGGACUACAGGAUCUUAAAGGUUUUAGUCCACGAUCAUUAGAGCAAGUAUUUCAGACGAAACAAAUGCUUGAAGCCCAAGGAUGGAAGUAUGACAUACAUGUGUCAAUGCUUGAAAUAUACAAUGAAACACUACGUGACCAGUUAUCAACAAACAAAUCAACCUUUAAUGCAUCACGAUGUGUUAUCAAGCACGAUGCAAAUGGCAACACCUAUGUCUCUCAUCUUACUAGAAUGGGCGGCACAGAGCAGAAAGAGGAGCAUGUGCCUUUUACGAACUCCAAGCUCACCAAUCUUCUCCAGACUUGCUUAGGUGGAGAUUCGAAGACUCUGAUGUUUGUUAAUGUUUCACCGGAUCCUGCAUCUGUGGACGAAUCACUUUGUUCGCUACGGUUUGCUGCAAGGGUGAAUGUUCGUCAUGAUAUAAGAUCGUCAGAUUCUCGAUUGAGUUUAUAG